UGUGUUUGACGUGUGAGCAGGAGAUGUUGCCCCUGAAGGAGAAGGACAAGGCGAUCGUCGGGAAGCUGUUGGCGUCCGGCUGCUGCGCUCGCUGCGUGCUCAGGUUCUGCUGCAUCGGAGUCCCGGACGCCUACAGGCACGGCCGCCGGGAAACGCUCAGGCAACUUCGAGCCUUCGCGGAGGAAAACCACAAUUGCCAGAAUGUCGGCCAAUUGGAACCGGCUCGCAAAAGAAGCAGACUGGAGUCGGAGGAAGCGGCGGACGAGGACGAGGGCGAGGGCGUGUGCGUGGUGUGCUUGGGCGUCCUGCAGCACCUCAGCGACGCCAGCCAGGCUGUGCAGAUCGCCGACGCCGUCAAGAAAGAAAAGUACGAAGUGGACACUUUGGUGCUGUCCAUCUCGCUGCCUGCUCAGGUGUGCGUGCGCGAGCGCUCGUGUUGGCUGCCUCCAUGCCAUUUUGACCAGCGCUCGCCCCGUCUCGCCAGGGCCAAGUGCGGCGCGCUGGGCCGCCGCGACGUGGUCCAGGUGAAGGAGGCCUUCAAGUGGAUCGUGCAGGGCCCGCUGGCCCGGGAGCUGGGCGCCGUUGCCGUGGCCGCCAAGAGCCCACUGGAGGUCAGCGUGUGUUUCGCUCACCCGGAAACGGACGCCGACUGCCACUUCCUUGCGUCCACUUGUCCCGACUGCUUCAAAGUCAGCAAGAACAAACAGUCGGCGUUUACCCGAAUGGCGGUGGCGAAAGCUCUGGAGAAGAUCCCGGAUGACAAAUUUCUCGAACGCUCACCCCGUCCGCCGUCCCGUCCGAGCAGCGGCUGCGCGCCGCCGGAGGUCCGGUGCGUCCACGCGUCCGUGCUCGCCGCCUUCGGAGCGCGAGGAUUUAAUUUCUCGUCGUCCGGCCGAGAGGACGUGGACGUCCGCACCCUGGGAAACGGUCGACCGUUUGCGCUGGAGCUGCUGAACCCGCGCAAGAGCCAACUGAGCCCGGAGAGCAUGAAGAACGUGCAGCAGGUCAUCAACGCGUCUUCGGAGAAGGUCCGAGUCCGAGAUCUGCAGAUGGUGGGCAGAGACGCCGCGAGCCGUAUGAAGGAGGGCGAGGAGGAGAAGACCAAGUCCUACCGAGCCUUGGUGUGGACGCAAAAGUCCAUCCGGGAAGACGACGUCGCCUUCGUCAACCGCAUCGAGGACCUGAGGGUGGACCAGAAGACCCCCCUGCGGGUUCUGCACCGCCGCGCGUUGGCGGUGCGCCAGCGCCUCGUCCACAGCAUGAGCGCCGACUUGCUGGACGAGCACCACUUCCGGCUCGGCCUCAGGACGCAGGCCGGAACCUACAUCAAGGAGUUUGUCCACGGCGACUUUGGCCGCACGAAACCAAAUUUGUGUCAGCUACUCGACACGCACGCCGACAUACUGGAACUUGAUGUGGAGUCCGUCGACGUGGACUGGCCUCCCGCCCUGCCGGACUAAAGCUCCCCCUCUCACGGGGGGCCCAAUCCGCAACCGACGCGGCCUAAACGGGUCGGGCCCACGAAGGAUGCCUUCCGUGUCAUCAAAACGCUUUUCUGGUCAGGACGGGCGGGUCCAAUCCGGAUUGUCCGUUUGGCGGCAAAAUGGACAAAAAGGAUCUCCGUGCCGAUGUGCUUGUCACAGAUUUUGUUUUUUUUGUUUUGCUACUCCCAAAAAAAAUAAAAAAAAUUCAACCGCAAUCAAACUUGUGUGCUUCACGUCGUCUUAAGUCACGAUCCGAAUCCCCCGCAC